GCUUGCAGCUCUCCAUCAAGAGGAGAAGUCAUGGCGCCUGGUGAAGGCACAGCAGCCGGCUCUGUGCCGGGCUCUGCAAGAGGCUCCAAAUUGUCUGGAGCGCCCUUCCACAACGUCGCCGAAAUCAGGUCGCCGAGCAGUCAGCAGGGCAGCUUCUCGCCCCUCAAGAAGGCAGCAUCGCUGCUCAGGUCGAGCUUUGGUGGGGAGGCCUCACCCGGUGCCGGUGCUGAUGCCUCCCCCGCCUCCAUGGAGGAGCAGAGGAGGGAGUGGCUGGGUGCGGCAAGGCGCGGCUCCAGCGGCCUGCCGCCAAACCUCGAUGCCGGCCUGGGUGUCGACCCGCAGCAGGUGUUUGAGCGGCUCGGGAGCGCCGCAUCGCGGCUGUCUUCCCAACUGAGCCACCAGAUGUCUCGGCUGAGCCGGCGGAUGAGCUCACAGAGGGAGGGGCCGCCGGGGGAGGAAAUGCGGAUUGAGCCGCUGACCGGGAUAGAGGAGGGGGAACAGGAGGAGGAUGCGGGGUUUGGCCUGACGAGGCCGUCCGACAGGGAUGACAUGGUGUUGGUGAGGAGGGCUUCGAAUGUGGGGUGGCGUUACGUGAGCGCCAAGCGGUCGGUGGACCUCUUCUGGCUCGAGAAGAUCCUCCUCAUUUGGGAUGCUGCUCAGGUAGGUGUCCAUCGAUCGAUGGAUCUGACCUGAGGCUAUCUCUCUCUCUGUCUCUGUGUCUCUCUCUGUCUGUCUGUCCGUCUGUCUGUCUGUCUCUUUGUGUCUCUCUUUGUGAAUGUGUGUCUCUGUGUGUGCAUAUCAGAUAUGGGGUUUGUGUUGGGUGAUGUUUCAGCCUUACCUGCCUUAUCAGUGGAACUACCGCACCAAGUUCUCCGUCUGGUUCAAUAUGGACAUUGCCAACUCGGAGUUCAGACCGCUGCCGGGUGGGCUGGCCGGACAGACAAAUCACACAACUACUGCUCGCAGCAGACGUGUCCUUGUCUCUUUGUCUAUAGGUCACCGCCGAGUGAAUGAGCUGACAUUGAAUAGAUGGGAAAGGUGAGACACGAGAAACCUCAUUGUUGGUCUGUUUGUGUCCCUAUCUUUAUGUGUCUCUGUGUACAUGUGUCCAGGGUUGUGUACCUGUUCGUUUGGGCUGCAUAUCCUCUUGUUUUGCUCGGGCUGCGCCACCUGUAUGUCAAGUCCAGGGUGAAGAGAGGCAUUUACACACCUGGUGAGGGAACCAAGACAGCAAGGCAGACAGAGAGCAAACAGACACAGGGUCUUCUCUCUCGGUGCCUGUGUAUGGGCGUGUCGGUGAAUGAAGACAUGAAGGCGAGCAGCGAGCGGUGGCUGCUGCUUGCCUGCAUGAUAACCUACACGUGGUUCCUCAUGGGCACACUCCCAAUCGUCUUCUGCCAAGUGUGCGACCUGCUCACCAACAGCCACACGAGACACAAACGAUGGUUGGCUGGGUGUCUGGAUUCUGCUGUGUGUCAGGACGAUUGGGACGGGUGCGAUCCGUGGUGGUAUUUCAUAUUGAGGAUGGUGCUUGGGGUGUACUGCGUCGGAAUGGCCGUAUGUGUGCCCGUGCUCGUCUUCAAACUCAUUCACAGACAGAUUGUGGCCGACGACAACGAAGCACACGAACGGUGGGCGAACGGCAGGCUGGCGAUGAGACGUGGACGCUGCUGUCUGUCUGUGCAGGUAUCUUCGUUUGAAGGAGACAGAGUAUCUGUUGGACCUGAACAGCCACUGGGACCACGGACACAUCUGGCUCUUCUCAUCAUACAAGCGAAGCCUCCUCAGGCACGCAACACAAACAAAGGACCAAAGACGGAAAGAAGCCUUCUUGCCGUGUGUGUGUGUGUGUGUGUGUGCAGGGUGUACCACCGCCCGAUUUUGUUUGCCGUCAAGUUCAUCAUGGUGCUCGUGUACUCGUGUUUUCCGACGCUGUCUUUCAUCCCGCAGAGCGAGCGGAACAUGACACAGGCGAUGAUCGUGUGCGUUGCCCUGUUGUUCGUCACGAUACUCACAUGGGUGCGCAAGCUCUACAGGUGACGGAAUCUGAAAUGAAUAAUGACCACCACGCAAUUCUGCGGUGUUUGUUCAUUUUUGCUCCCGUGUGUGUGUCUGGAUGCAGGUGUUACAGCACUUGGUUGCUGCAGCAGGCCUUCUUCUGGAACAUGUGCGCCUACUCCCUCAUCGCCGCCAUCAAAACUGUCGAGGGAUACAACUCCGUCUUCCUCGUCGACGCAACACGUAACAAGCAUUCCAUCCAUCCCAAAACCGCACAUGAAUGCUAUCUGCGCGUCUGGCAGUGUCGCUGAUCCUGAUCAGCAUCCACAUGGCCAUCGGCAUCUUCAUUGGGGUAAGCUGUACAGACACACUCGUGGCAACGGCACGCAGCACAUCCGCGCUGGUCUGUCUCUGCCUGCAGAUAGUGCUGUUGAUCUGUAUGGGCCGCAGUGCCCUUCGCGGCCUCUGGCCCGUCACACUCGAAGAUGCGGACGAGAUCGCCAUGGGUGAGACAUGGAAGGGGCUGAUGAAGCCAGCACUCACUGUGGAAGGCGCCUGUCUGUGUGUUUGUCGCCUGGUCAGAGCACGAAGACGUUGUGCACGACCUGCAGCUGGCAAAGAGGAUGCUCGAAGAGGUCAGACACCCACGUACAAGGGGAGACAUGCAGGAACGAUGUGGCUUGGAAUGUGUGUUUUGCAGUAUGGCGUGACCAACCGUCGCUACAUCCCCGUCGACAGGGUGCAGGCGAUGAUGCAGAACCUCGAGUACCACCUUAACGCCACCAGGAAAUACGACCAGUGAGGAGAAACAAGGACUGGACAUGGCGACAGCAUACACUCAUGUGUGCGUGCGUAAAAUCAGUCCAUUCCACUGGACCGUGGUUGACGUGCUCGAGGACAUCACCGACCUCUACGCCGAAGUCAAAGCGGUGAGCGACCAGCCAAACACAGGAAGACCCGAAAUUAGCUGGGCGGCGGGGCUGUGUGCGUCGGCCAGAUGUCCUACUUGCCGCAUCCAGCACUCGAGGGAGUCCUCAUCCCUGUAAGAAAGGACAAUGUGGCGUCAGCCUGAUGGUUAAUGGCUGAUUGGAUUUGUGUUGUCAUUUCAGCUCCAGAAAGCUCUGCGGGCUCGCCGCCAGGAACUGGUGCUCAUGAACCCGAAGAAGAGAAGAAUUCUUCUCAAGCUGGGUGAAAGACCUACACACAUUGCCUGUCGUCUGUCUCUCAUUCUUUCUGCCUGUCCGUUCUUAGUUGCCCUUCGCGCCCUGUGUGGCAAAUAUCUGACGGAAUUUGACGUGGCGCCACUCGACGGUGAGACCAGAAGACGUGGCUCUCUCGGUCUGCUGACAGUGUCAUUCCCUUGUGUAGAUCGGUACGCGUUGCCGUCCGGGGAGACACCCGACUACCUCAGCCUGCCGCUGAUCGGUGUGACGACACCCAAAAUGGGCAACAGGAAGUCACUGCUCCUUUCCUUAGGACAGCAGGACGAGGCACAACAAAGGUGACCAUCACCCACAGCAGCACACCGAGGCAUCAUGCGUGUCACCCUCUCUCUCUUGCGUCGCGCCCUCAGGUUACUUGACCCCUCUGCACAGCUGCUGCCCGAAGGCCCUGACGUAUCGCCAGACAUAUCCCCGACGCGUAUCGGCCGGCCAUCGGACGAGGAGGAAGACCAUGCGGAGGUGGAGCCGGAAAAUGCCGAUCUGUUGGGGGAGCAGGCAGACGAUGAAGCGGGGUAUGAGGGGGAAGAGGAAGAGGAAGAAGAAUACGACUACGGUGAGGGCGAUGAGGAAGAGGAAGAGGAGGCAGAAGAAGAGGAAGGGGAAGAAGAACAGCCCGAUGAAGAGGAAGGCGAAGGCGAGCAGGAGGGGGGGCAAGAAGAAGACGACAAUGAUUGAUUGAUGGGUACUUUUUGAAGACAGGCGUGUGUGUGCAUUUUUCAAAGCCUUUCUUCAUGUCAGAUGCAGGGGGAUUGCACUGUCUUACCAUGCAUGCAUUCAUUCCAUGCAUGACGUCUACCUAUCCCUCAAUUCCAG